AUGCCUCGAAUACCUACCUCACUACUUCUCAAGGCCUAUCGAGAGAACUCUCUUCUACCCAUCCUCCUCAAGGAAUGCCGGUCGCUUGACUCAGCCCGUAAUGAACUCCGAUGGCUCCGAGAACGCGCUGUUCGCGACGUUCAGGAACACUCCCGCCAGGCCACGAGGACACGACAAGGAUGGCGGACACGCCUACGGGCGAUGUGCCACAAGCGCUCACGGGGAGUUCCAUUGCAGUAUAUCCUCGGUGACCAACCAUUCGGAGAUCUAGAAAUCCUCUGUCGACGAGGGGUUUUGAUCCCAAGGUCUGACACGGAAUCAUAUACAUAUGAAGCAGCCAGACUCGUCCGCCAAAUGGCGGUAGAAACGUGCAAAGAUAGCCCGUCGCCAUCUGGCAGCAAGAGACCGCUUCGAAUCCUCGAUCUGUGCACGGGCACAGGCUGCAUAGCGCUCCUUUUGCAUGCGCUCCUCGCGCCACAGUUCGAGCGUAUACAGAUUAUGGGCGUUGAUCUCAGUCCCAUAGCAUUGAACCUUGCCCAACGAAACUUGGAGCACAACAUCGGCCUGGAUGUUCUGGAUCGUCGCGCGCGUGAGGAAAUUCAAUUUCACCGUGGAGAUGUGCUACGUCGCAAUGGCAUCGCCAAUCCCAGCACUGGUACCAGCGCCGGUGGUGACGCUAUUCCAACCGUGGAAGAACUUCUAUCCCAGCAUACCACACAAUCUGAACGUGACUCCAAAUCAUCGGAUGGAUCACCACUCCCCAAAAUCGACCUCUUAAUCUCCAAUCCACCCUACAUUUCACACUCCGACUUCCACAACGGCACCACGUCACGGAGUGUACGGCUUUUCGAGCCCCGACUGGCACUAGUGCCGCGUACCGAUACCAACAUCGAUAGCAAUGCUAUCAGCCAAGAAGGCGAUAAACCCGAGGAUAUAUUCUACCGCCGGAUCCUGGAAUUAUCGCAGGAUGUACAGGCUAGCCUUACGAUCCUGGAAUGUGGGGAUAAGAUGCAGGCUGAGCGGGUUGUUGAAAUGUUUCGGGGUAAUAGCCCUGCACUGGGUGAUGGCGGUGAGACUGAUGGUGUGUUUACGGCGGAGGUUUGGCCUGCUACGGAGGAGGAUUGCCUGGCUAAUGGGUUUCAUGUGAGGGAUGGAUCGAGGUGUGUUAUUAUCCGGAAGGGAGGAUGUUAG